UCAGCAGGUAUAAAUGCAGUUCUUAGAGGAAGCAGUAGACUAGAAGGACCUGGCAGAGACAGAGAGACAAGAAGCUUUCACAGGUUUUCACACACAUCUCAAGACAGCACUGUGGGAAACACUGACCUGACAGAAUGUUCUUAAUCCUGGUUGUCACAGUGUUCUUGGCUGGCUGCUUGGCAUUGCCCAUCAAAGACCCGUACUCGUAUUCCUCUGCGGUGGGUCAGGGAGGUGGCACCCCAUUUGCUUCCUACGGUGAGGGGCGCAUCACAGGAGUCAGAGUGUGGGAGACCAACAACUACUACUACUACUACUACAACAACAAUGCCUACAUCAGUGGGUUCCAGCUGAGAUACGGCAACACCUGGUCUCCUGUAUUCGGUCAUGAAGUGGGUGAAAAGCAGGAGAUGGAGCUGUUUAAUGAUGAGGCCAUCGUCGAGGUGUCUGGGAAGUAUAACCCAGCAGACUACAUCUGCUACCUGGUGUUAAGCACCAACAUGGGGCGCACUCUGUCAGCCGGCCUGCCCAACCAGGUCUCCUUCAAUUUCUACCCAGCCAACAUGGGCAAUGAGCUGAGGAUCCUCAGCGGUCGUUUCAACGGUGCCGGGAUCACCGCCAUCGGAGCCCACUGGGGAUUGGUGGACAUGGAAAGGGCUGGAAACCGUACUCUGGAAACAGUACGGGAAACAGAACCUCCACUUCAUUGA